AUGUGCGCGGAUGUCCCUAAGCGCGUUUCGGCCGCCAUUCGCGGCGCGAAGGAAACGAAGAUUAUGGCGCGUAAGGAUAAGGAGAGGGCUUUGGAGGAGGCGCUCAAUGCAGUGACCGGCCAAGGCGGCGCGGGGCCGAAGGCAAAGAAGGGGCGGAUGGAGGAUUGGUAUGGCGAGGGGGGGCUCUCGGCGAAGCGGGCGGCGGACGAUGCGAUUUGCCUCUACAUCGCGGGGACGCGCACGUCGGAGCGCAUGUGCGAGCAUCCCCUCUUCCUCAACAUGGUGCGCGCCGUCAACGCCGCCGGCGGUGGCUACGUUCCCCCCAAGAAGGACUACGUUGGAGGCGCGGGGCUGCUGGCGUGCAAGCAGCAGAUUGAGAAGGGUUUGUCGCCCAUCACGAAGUCGUGGAAGGAGAUUGACGUGACGAUCGCCAGCGACAUGAUGAAGGACAAGAGCGGGCGCGCGCAGAUGAACGUCGUCUGUAUCAAUGCCAGUGGAGCGGUUUUCCAGGAGGCGAUCGACUGUAAGGCGGAGACGAAGACUGGGGCGUUCAUUGUGAGCGUCCUGCAGCCGCUGAUCGAGAAGAUUGGACCGGAGCAUGUCGUCGCGAUUUGCACGGACGGGGGUAGCAACUACGUGUCCGCCGGCAAGCUGCUGCAGAAGAAGUACCCGCACCUGGAGAUCGUCCCCUGCGCCACUCACGUGCUCGACUUGCUGUUGAAGGACUUCGGCGGCAUGGAUUGGGCGCAGGAGGUCGUGCCAGUGGCGACCGACAUGAUCGCGUUCCUGCGCAGCCACACCUGGACGCGUGCAUUCCUCCGGUGUCCCGAGCUGCAUGGCGAGGCGAAGUCGUUGCAGCCGCUGCGACCGGCGGGCACACGCUUUGGGACGCAGUACAUUGCAGUUUCACGUCUGCGUGAGAUUCGCCAGCAGCUGGUGAAGAUGGUGACGCACCCGGACUGGGAGGAGAAGGGGAGGAAGCAGCAGACUGGCAAAACUUUUGAGAAGGCGGUGAUGGAUUUGGACUGGUGGAAGAAGGUGGACACCUUCGUGAAGGUGAUGGGGCUGCCGUACAAGGUGAUGAGGAAGACAGAUGGGCCAGCGAAGGGGAUGAUGCACAAGACAUGA